CCUCCCUAUCUCAAUACCCUAUGACAUGACACUAGUGAUUAGAAAUUCAAAGUCCUCCCAGUCUUGUGUCAACUUCCUGACUCAAAAAUGCACAUUUCAGUUUUUCUCAUUUUGGCAUUUAACAUUUUUUUAGUUUCUUGUCACAACCAUCAUAACGAAAUACCACAAAUAAUUUCCCAUGGAGUCCAGACACUACAAACGACUAGAACUGUGCCCCAACGUCUCUCUUCAGCCGUUAAAAACAUCACAAAAAUCCCAGAUAGAAAACUCGCAAAUGACAUUUUUUGCCAAAGCUGCGAACUAGUCUUCAAUCAGAUUAUUGAAUACAGACGAGGAGGCGCAAAUAGAGAUUCCAUGAUUACAUAUUUCCAAAAACUAUGUCGACUUUUCACCGACUGGGGAGGAGUGGCAUGUGACGGUUACAUAAAUAUUGAAAUAGACACUGUCCUUUUCAUUAUCGACAAUAAAAAAGAUUUGACCGGAUUCCGAGUCUGUGCUAUAGCUUUCCAACAGAAAACUUGCAAAGACCCCAAUAUGAAAAAAUGGACAGUUGCGAUUCCGCCCCCUCGGAGACACGCCCACCACCAGCACAAUCACCACAAAGCGGCACCGUUGAAACUCCUCCACUUGACUGAUUUCCAUUACGAUCCUUUGUACCAAGCUGGAAGCAAUGCCGCCUGUGAUUUACCACUUUGUUGCCAACAAUCCAAUGGUCCUCCUUCGAAACCAUCAAAUGCGGCUGGUUUUUGGGGGGAUUACCACGUUUGUGACAUUCCAUGGUAUACCAUCACCAAUUUUACAUCCUAUUUGACACAAAAUCACGCCAACUUCGAUUUGGUUUAUUACACCGGUGAUAUAAUCAGUCACCGGUCUUGGGCCACUACUAAAGACCACAACGUCGAAUCCAUUCAAAAAAUUUUCAAAUUAUUUAAGGAUACAUUUAAUACAACCCCCGUUUAUCCGAUUUUAGGCAACCAUGAGCCACACCCGACCGAUUUUUAUUCCCCUGGGGACGUAAGUCCGAAAAUUUCAACUCAAUGGGUUUUUGAUUUAAUGGCAAUUGAAUGGGCACGAUGGUUACCGAACGACACUAGCGCCACUAUCAAAACCGGCGGUUACUACACGGUUUUGGUGAAACCCAAAUUCAGAAUUGUAGCACUGAACAGUAACGUGUGUUUCACCAGCAAUUUGUGGUUGUUAUACGACGAUGAUGAUCCUUACGGCCAACUUAAAUGGUUGGUAGAAGUGUUAAGCGAAGCCGAGAAGAAAGGUGAAAAAGUACAUAUUUUGUCACAUAUACCCCCAGGUGAAGUUUUAUGUCUUCAAAGAUGGUCAAAUCAGUUUCAUAAAAUAGUCAACAGGUUUGCGCCAAUCAUAGUGGCCCAAUUUAAUGGCCACACCCACUUAGACGAGCUCCGCCUUUUUCGUGAUGCCAACAAUACGAAAAAAAUCAUCAAUGUAGCCUACAAUGCGGGCAGUUUUACCACUUUUGUCAGGUUUAAUCCAAACUACAGAACAUACAACAUUGACACAAACGAUUACAGAGUGCUAGAUUAUGACCAAUACACAUUUAAUCUAACAAAAGCCAAUCAAGACAAAAAUAAAAGCCCUGAAUGGUUUAAAUUAUACUCAUUUAAAGACGCCUACGGUUUAAAAAACACAAGUUAUGACAGUUUAGCCGAUAUGCUGAACAGAAUGUCCAAAAAUCACACUCUGAUGCAACAAUAUUUCAGGUUUCAAGGACGUGAAAGUGCACCAGCGAUGGCUUCGGGUUGUAGUGACAAUUGUCAAGCAAAACUCAGGUGUGCUAUUACAGCAGUGGAAGCCGAUGAAGCCAUUCAAUGUCAACAAAUUAAGAAAAAAACGAAAAAAUCCAAACACUGACAUGUAGUUAACUGUUAACUGUCACAAUAAACUUUAUUUUAACUAUU